GUCGUUAUCCACCCCAAUACAGUAGGUGGCGGUGUGCACGUUUACCGUGUAAUUGCGAUUUGCUAAUAUACACAAAGAACGAGAAGGACGAGAAGACGACGAAGGAGACAGAGGCGCUAACAAGUAGCUUGGCUGGUUACGUCGAGGAAAUUUGAGGAGUUGUCUUUCUUCAUCACACUGCCUCCCCCUUGCCCCCUUCACGAGCGCUGCAGGAUUGUUGGGGUUUUAGCUCUCUUCCUGACCUGCCAACAUGCCAGCCGCACUUACAGAUUCCAGUCAGAUAAUCUGUGAAGUCUGGGCAAGCAAUGUGGAGGAGGAAAUGAGGAAAAUCCGGCAGAUUAUUCAAAGCUACAAUUACAUUGCCAUGGACACAGAAUUCCCUGGAGUGGUUGUCCGGCCAAUCGGCGAGUUUCGCAGCACAGUGGACUACCAGUACCAGCUGCUGAGGUGUAACGUGGACCUCCUGAAGAUCAUCCAGCUUGGCCUCACGUUCAUGAACGAGGAUGGAGACUAUCCUCCUGGCACUACGACGUGGCAGUUCAACUUCAAGUUCAACCUCACAGAAGACAUGUACUCACAGGACUCCAUAGACCUACUUCAGAACUCCGGCCUCCAGUUUAAAAAACACGAAGAAGAGGGAAUUGACACGCUCUACUUCGCUGAGCUCCUCAUGACGUCUGGUUUGGUGCUGUGUGAAAACGUCAAGUGGCUCUCCUUCCACAGCGGCUACGACUUCGGCUACCUGGUGAAACUCCUGACAGACGCACGGCUCCCCGAGGAGGAACAUGACUUCUUCCAGAUCCUCAACCUGUUCUUCCCCGCAAUCUAUGAUGUAAAGUACUUGAUGAAGAGCUGCAAGAACCUAAAGGGAGGGCUACAGGAAGUAGCAGACCAGCUGGAGCUGAAGAGGAUCGGGCGUCAGCAUCAGGCUGGAUCAGACUCGCUGCUCACCGGCAUGGCUUUCUUCAGGAUGAAAGAGCUUUUCUUCGAAGACAACAUUGAUGAUGCAAAGUAUUGUGGGAGAUUGUACGGCCUGGGCUCGGGCUCCAGCCAACCCCAGAACGGCAUCUCCAGCUCGGGUCAGGAGGAGACGAAUAACAAGCACUGACUGAGCGCUCAAAUCGUCAAGUGGAAUAUGCACUUGUUUUAAAACCCAACCAGCAGAUUUCCCCUCCGAUCUCCCUCAACACUUGAUCCCUGAACAAGACAAAACUAAAUAUAUUUCUUAAAAUUUUCCUCCCGAGUGACUGUAAAAUGGACUCACAAUGACAGUGGAUCCUUCACUGGCUUACACCUUUCUUUUUAGUCACCUUUACUGAGUAUAUGGCCAUAUAUUCAGAACACUUUUUUUAAUCUGUUGGAUUUUUAUUUGUUUUUUUUUUACAGCAACAUUAGUGACACCCUUCUUUAACAGCAUGGGACCAGCUCCUGUAUCCUACUGUGAUUUCAGACCAAACUUUGACAAAAACAGUCAGAUUCUUCAGUUCAGCCUAUCCUUCUCAUCAGCGGGACUCGGCUCUUGUUGCAGGGAUUUCAUUUUUUAAGUUAAAGUUGGAAGGGCCUGUAAGUUUAAAAUGUAUAAUUUUGAUGAAAAUAAAAAUGUUUUAGCUCUUUUCCACUUUCAGAAGCUUUUAACAGUGGGCGUCAAAGUGUGUAACUGUGCUUGGUUAUGCAUGUGUUUCAGUGGGUCAACUACUGUCGUUCUGUACAUUCACCGACCAAACUGUCCACCGUCAGGUUUACAGAUGUUGUGGUCACUGUUGUUUUUACAUUCUACAUUGUUUUAAACAGUUGUAUAUUAAAUUGUUUUGUAUUUUGAAUGUAAA